AUGAAUGCAUCACACAGGUCUUCAGAAGCACUGAGCACCUCCACCACUGAGCUUCUGCGCUAUAGUAUCUACACCAUCUCACCGUCGCCUAGAAGGAAUGCUACCUUUCUGCUGACACGUGAUGAGGACCUUGCUUUGGCAGAGGUAUGUGUGCUGGCUACCAUCUUAGCCGUUGCAUCUAUUGGAAAUUUGGGAGUAGCCCUAAUUAUUCGCCAGCGGAGAAGGAAGAUGUCUCGGAUGAACCUGUUCAUAUUGCAUCUGGCUCUGACUGAUUUAGUGGUGGCAGUUUUCCAGGUGCUCCCUCAGAUGAUCUGGGAGGUGACUUACAGAUUCUAUGGUACAGAUCUCAUUUGUAAGGCUGUAAAGUAUUGCCAAGUUCUCAGCAUGUUUGCCUCAACCUACAUGCUCAUCACCAUGACCUAUGACCGGUACCUCGCAGUGUGUCACCCACUCAAGACCAUUCAGCAGGCAAGUAACCAGACAUACUUAAUGAUUGCUGCCACCUGGCUCUUCAGUGCCAUCCUCAGCAUCCCACAGCUCUUCAUCUUCUCCAUGCGCGAAGUGGACAAAGGGACAGGAGUGUAUGACUGCUGGGCCGAGUUCACCUUCAGCUGGGGUGUUAGUGCUUAUGUCACAUGGACAACCUUGUCCAUAUUCCUAAUUCCCAUGGCCAUCUUGAUCUUCUGCUACACCUUAAUCAUCAAUGAGAUCUGCAAAAACCUCAAGUUCAAAAUGAAGCCUUUAGCACAGCAGGAAGCUGGCAGUGUUCCAGUUCUUGCAUCCAGAGUGAGCAGCGUGCACAACAUCUCUAAAGCCAAGAUCCGGACGGUAAAGAUGACUUUCAUCAUUGUCCUCACAUAUAUAGUCUGCUGGGCUCCGUUCUUUAGUGUCCAGUUGUGGUCGGUUUGGGAUAAGAAUGCCCCUAAAGAAGAUUCAUCCAACGUAGCCUUCACAAUCACCAUGCUGCUUGGCAGUCUGAGCAGCUGCUGCAAUCCUUGGAUCUAUGUGAUGUUUAAUGACCAUGUGCUAAAGGAGGUGAAGAAGUAUAUUAUUUGCUGCCAGAGCUGCAAACCCCAGUUGAUGAGACGGGAAUCCAAUAAUAGUCUCAAUAGCCAUAGGAAUGCCAUGAUGACGAAAGUUAGCUUGUGCAGCAGUAGCAGCAACAGCAGCAAUGUGAAAACAGCAAAGAUAUCACAGGCCUUGAAUGACUCAACUGAAGAUAUGGCCACAGAGUCUGUGGGGAUGUGA